AUAUGGACUUAUUAUAAAGUUAACUGUCCACAUAGAAAAUGGCGAGCUCGAAGCGAGUUCCCUGAUUAAAAUUAAAAUUCGCGGUGGUAAAAACGCGUCGGGGAUUCCAUAAACUACCCGUAUCGGUAGCGUAACGAUUGAACAGUGAUCUGUGCAUAAAUUUAGAUUUAAUAAGCUAGUUAUUAAGUGGUUUACAAGUAAUGUUCCAUAUUUGUAAUUUAAUACGUCAUUCGUUCAUACGAUUAAAAUGGCGAUCAAAGUUUUAAAUAAAAUCAAAGUGACUAGAAUUUACUUUUAUUCCGAUUAAUUUUCAACAUGGAACAAUAAAAUUGUGAUUUGAAUUUGUGUUUUAUUUUUAAAAGUUAAAGAAAAGAAGAAAGAACAUUUCGUUGGCUUCUUUAUUGGUUUUUUUUUCUUCGUGUAACUUAACAAACUAAACUAAGAAUUUUUUUCCCCCAUAAUCGACUUCAUAUAGAACCAAGAAUAUGCCGAAUUCAGUGUUAAAAACUAUAAAUAAAUUUCGCAACAGCAAACCAACAUCAAGUUUUCAAUUAAUUUUCGUAAUUUUUGUUUACUGAUAUUCAACAAUUUUUAACGGUGUAUCAUCUUUGCAUUUAAUAUCCAGUAACACAAAUGAAAACUUCGCAUUUCUUGUCCAAUUACGACUUUUCGGGUCGCCCGUUAAUACAGGGCUUAACAUCAUCUGGGACAAUUCAUCAUCAACCGGUCCACGACCGUAACCAUCUAUUUCAAUCGGUUGAUAAUUGUGACAAUGACGUGACUAUAACAUCCACAUACACGAACACGGUUAACAGUGGCGAUAAUCAUCAACAAAACGACUACAAUCAUUCAACAUCUACCAGUAAUCAUCAAUCGUCGAACAUAUUGUAUGGCGAAUCGGAGAACAACGAAUACAACGUGAUCCGGAGCACAAACAACAAAUAUCAACACAAGGAGACGGCGAAGCGAAAACGUGAAACAGCUGAUUGCGAUUGUGGUUGCGUUGAUAGUACAAUUGUUGCGAGUACGUCGGGGCCGAUCAGUGCUCCGUCCAACGGAUCCAAAACGGCACAUACAAAAGUGGUUACAUCUGGGGGUCAGGCCCCCAGUAAACGAUCAAGCAGUGGUGCUGAUGGUGAUUAUCAACUCGUUCAACAUGAAGUGUUGUACUCUUUAUCCGCUGAAUACGAGGUACUGGAGUUCUUGGGACGUGGCACAUUCGGUCAGGUUGUCAAGUGUUGGAAACGUGGCACAAACGACAUCGUUGCCAUAAAGAUAUUAAAAAAUCAUCCAUCUUAUGCACGACAGGGUCAAAUCGAAGUGUCGAUACUGUCUCGAUUGAGCCAGGAAAAUGCGGACGAAUUCAAUUUCGUACGUGCGUUCGAAUGCUUUCAGCAUAAGAAUCACACGUGUCUCGUAUUUGAAAUGUUGGAGCAAAAUUUGUAUGACUUCCUCAAGCAAAAUAAAUUUUCACCUUUGCCGCUAAAGUUCAUUAGACCCAUUCUGCAACAGGUUUUGACAGCCUUGCUAAAAUUAAAACAGCUCGGUUUAAUACAUGCAGAUUUGAAGCCCGAAAAUAUUAUGCUGGUUGAUCCGAGUCGUCAACCGUACAGGGUAAAAGUGAUCGAUUUUGGAAGUGCUUCUCAUGUUAGCAAAACAGUUUGCAACACCUACUUACAAUCACGGUACUAUCGGGCCCCAGAAAUUAUUCUUGGACUACCGUUCUGUGAAGCGAUCGAUAUGUGGUCGUUGGGUUGCGUUGUCGCUGAACUGUUUCUCGGUUGGCCUUUGUAUCCGGGAUCAUCUGAAUAUGAUCAAAUACGGUACAUAUCGCAGACACAGGGACUACCAACCGAGCAUAUGCUCAACAGUGCUAGCAAAACGGCCAAGUUCUUUUACCGAGACGUCGAUUCAACAUAUCCGUUUUGGCGUCUUAAAACGCCCGAAGAGCAUGAGGCCGAAACGAACACGAAAAGCAAAGAGGCUCGUAAAUAUAUUUUUAAUUGUUUAGACGAUAUUGGACAGGUGAAUGUUCCUACGGAUCUGGAGGGUGGACAACUGCUGGCAGAAAAAACAGAUAGACGGGAAUUUAUCGAUUUAUUGAAACGAAUGCUGACCAUCGAUCAAGAGCGACGAAUAACACCAGCGGAAGCAUUGAACCAUGCCUUUACAACGCUGACGCAUUUGGUAGAUUAUGCACAUUGUAACAAUGUGAAAGCGUCCGUUCAGAUGAUGGAAGUGUGCCGUCGCAGCGAUUUCCAUACUGUACAACCAACCUCAACUUUGGUUACAAAUUUCGUACCAAAUACCACAGAGAACAUGACUUUUACGAUCAACAACCAACUGUCCAAUCAAGUUCAACGUUUAGUUCGUGAUCGUCCCACAACGUAUGAUAAUCUAUACCAAAUAUACGGUGGUCGAAAUGUCGGUCGACAGUAUGCGAAUGCCCGUAGCGAUCAUGCAUUCCAGCAUCAAUUGGUAUCGAGCAUCCUUUGUCAACCCGGCUAUCAGGCGAUGCCAAGUCCAACGAAACAUGUGGUCGUUGGUGGAACAGCAAUGCAGCCGCCACUUCAAGUUCCUCCCCAACAGUAUGUUAAUGUGCCUGUUCCAGUCUCUAUGGUGGAACCAUCGUCUGGUCAGCGAAUGCUUUUAACGAACAGGGUUCAAACGAAUGUUGCCUGGCCACAAAGUGGCCGUCAGGUUGCAUUAGUGCCGUCGUGGCCACAACAAUCAGCUCCUCAUUCGCUGAUUGUUGACUCAACACCGUUCCUUAGUAUGGACGACAUCUAUACUAAACAUCAUCUGAGCAUACCACGUCAUGAACCCAAGAAAGAAUCACCAAUUCAUCACUUAGUUGUGCCGCGUCACGACAAGAAAGAAAACAAUCAACUGUCACCGGUCAAAAAACGAGUCAAAGAAAGCUCUCCACCUCAUCAGCGUUACAACCGAAGCUAUGUAUCUCCAAAGUAUCACCAGAGUUCAAACCACAAUUCAUCUCAUGGCAACUAUUACAAUAAUUCAAAUCAUUCGAAUUCGAAUCAAAUGCAACAACACAGUCAAAUGCCGACCAACCAUCAAAACGAUUCGUCAACCAAUCAUCAUCAUCACCACAGUAACAAUAAUAGUAACAACACACACUCAGGCAGCACCCAAACCAAUUUGUACUCAUCGUCCAACAACAAUAAUUGCACAUCGAACGCAAAUCCGUUAAGCCACUCUAGCAGCCACAAUAGUAUCAAACAGCAACAAACGAUCACCAUACAUGAUACACCAUCACCAACUGCUGUUAUUACAAUUUCGGAUAGCGAAGAUGAAUCACCCGAUGUUCCUCAGCAAAGUUCUAAAAAUUCAUCGAACAAUAAGGCGCAACGAAACUACGAUUCGUCGAAUUCGUCAUGUCGAUCGAAUGGAUCUAAAAAUGGCCACAACCAUCAAAUUAGUCAAAAUCAUUUGGUUCAUUCAGCAUCAACUGGUUCUGUGCAACAGUCGCAACAUAAUCAACAUCAGCAGACGCAGCAGCAACAACAGCAACAUCAACAGCAGUCACAGCAACAAGUGAAUUACCACAAAAAUGAAAUGGUGCAUCAACAACAGCCACAUCAUUCCUCACAGCACCACUCCAGCAGCAGCAAUGUGUCGAACAGUAACCGACAACGAAAGAACGUCAUUUCCUGUGUAACGGUGAAUGACAGUGACAAUGAGGACCGACGAUGUAACAGCCCGAAGCACCACACUCACAUCAAAUAUGAGCCACAUGCUGGACAAUCGCAAAAGAAGCGCCUUCUAGCUAUGGCUCAAAACGAAUGUCUACUGGCAACAUCUAAUCAAUUGCACGUGCCGAAACAAGAACCGGCCGAAUUGCAAUACGACUAUCCCCCAGUGGACAAACGUUCAUCGUGGGCACUACCCACACAUCAUAACCAUCAUAAACGUGAUUCGGUACCGUAUGUAACGUCGCAACAAGCUCCACCACCAAUUGCGCAUUCGAAAAACGUCGGUGCCGGUUCAUGGGGCACACCGAUCUAUCGGCAAUACCAAUCAAAUACUCCACUGGGUGGAUCGCCCGGAGGUGUAUUACAACAAGACAUCUAUUCCCAACCAGAAGUCAUGUAUCGGCGUCCGCCGGUUUUCAUUUCUCAGGGACCAUAUCAGAGUUACAAUCGUGUUGUGCCACCGCCAGCACAUAAUGGAUCGAGCAGACAGGUUCUGCCAGCUCAUCAUCCGUUACCUGCGCAUAUACAAUUUCCAGCGCAAUAUAGUCAAUUUGCACCAUUAAGUCCUGGUCAAGUUGCUAGUAAGCAUGGUCAUUACCCCACUGCAAAUUUAUGGUUUGGAGGAGAAUAGGGUUAAUAAUACAUGCCUUUGACAUCAAUGGCUAAAAAAGAGCCGACAAUGCAGUGAUAUUGGCAUUGCCGCUCGAUAUAGUUGUCAUUUUGGUAAAUCAAAAGCAUAAGUGACGAUAAUUAAAGUAUCAGCAUCAUCAUCAUCAUCAGAAUAAGAUGAAGCAGUUUAAAUAAUAUUUUACUUUUGUUAAUCUUCUCUUAUCUUUUUUUUUUUUAAACUACUAUGGGAAAUUUAAUAGAAAUAGAAAAAAGUUAGUGGAUUUAGGGGAUUAAAAGUUUCGUUAUAUUGGAAUAUUUUAUAUCAAACCUAUAUAUGAAAAAAAAACGAACUAACUGGAAAAUAUUGGCCUAAAAAACAAACAGAGAGAAACAUUUAUUAAUUCAUGUUUGUAUGGUGUUACACUCUCUGCUCGUGUGUAACAUUUUAAUGAUUUUGUUUGUUUUUUUCCGAAAAAAACGGAAGCGAACAUUUUCUUUUGAACACACAGAAACGAAACGUAUAAAUUGGCUUAAAAAUGACGAACUUCGAUUUUUCGAACGGAUUAAUCUAACCACAGAACAAUUUGUACACAGAAAGUUUGAGGAGCAGGAACAUUUAUACGUUUCGAACGCAGAUCGUGAAACAAAAAAAAUGAACGUAAUUUGAUUUAUAUAUUUUCUUCCAAAAAUUUUGAUUCAUUCGCCAAAUGGUAGUAUGACCACUGGCUACCGGAACAAGAAAUAAAAAUUUUUCCCCGAUUUUUUAAUCAUAAAUUUGAUUGAAUUUUAAGUAAAAGUUGGACGACUUUUCGUGUUCAUAAUUUUUCUUUUUAAAAUGAUUCUAAUUAACUUUCGUUGAUGAACGAUCUAGUUUUACCCGCUUGGUUAUUUUGUGAAAAUCGAACGCAUGUUUUUUGAUAUAAUAAAAAGUAUUUCCCUCCAUACUCACACUUCAUGGUGACGAUGGAGGGUUCAUAAGAAUUGAAUAAAUUUAAUAUUUUAUUGUUUAAUAUUUUAUGCAAAAUGUUUCGAUUGAGUGGUUUAAUUAGGCACGGACAGACAAAUUUAGUAGUCGUGUCACAGUUUUUUUUAUAUUAGUUUUUUUUGCUUAACAAUUAAGGGAAUGUUACAAAAUUUUAUGGGGAAUUAUAUAGACUAAGUUACCUUACGUACGUACGUCAAAUAAGUGAUUUUGUAUAUAAAAUAAAAAUAAUAAAUUUAGAAUCUAACGAUUUAUAGAUGUUUGCACCGCCACUCAAUAAUAUAAAAUUAACAGAAAAUAAAUUUAAAAAAAAACCGAAGAAAAACAAAAUGAAAUUUUUAUAUAUAUAUUGCCUUAUCAAUUGCAUUAAAGUGAGAUAUGAAAGAUAAAUAACAAAAAUGUUUUUUUUUCGUUUUUUUCUUUUCUUUGAUAAAUAAAAGAGUGAUCAACCAGAGAUUUUUCAUUUAUAAUUUUUUUGUUUUCUACUUAUCAGGAAUUUGUACAUAUGAUUUCAAUUUUUCUUUUUGUAUAGAAUUAAUGGUUUUUUUAAAAAGCAUAUAUGGAAAUUCUAAUGAAAAUUAAAAAUUAAGAAAAAUUAUUAUUCUGAUUAGAUGUUUAGAUUUAGUGAUAUAAAAAACAAAAAAACAAAUUUAACGAAAUUAUUAUUAUUAUUAUUGGUGGACCGGAUCACAUUCUUGUAAUUUGUAAAAUAUUAUUCUAUGUGAAUGAAUGAAAAGAACGAAAUUAUUUUCUUUUCAGGAAUUAUUCGACAAGAUGCACAUGAUCAUGAUCAUUUAUCUAAUGCAUCUUUGGUCAGGUUAGUUGUAUUGCCAAUUGGGUACAAGAUUUCUGUUAUCAAAAAUUCUCUUAAUUACCCAAUUAACUACGUAUACCAAUUCCUAUAUUAAUUGUUUGCUCUUAUGUUAACUCCAGAGCCUAUUUUUGGGGAUUUAAUGCUUAAAAAUACCUAAAUUUCUGAAUUAAGCAUUUUUUAAAGAAUUUUAUGGAAAUUUGAGGAAUUAAAUUCGUAAAAAUAGGCCCUGAUUAACUCAAUUCCCGAGAGUACUGAUAAAUGUAACAGAUGUCAGGUAAUUUUAUUCGGGUAAAUUGAUACGCCCAGAUAAUAUUUUUUGUAAGGGUAAAGGCUCAGGGCUGUUAAAUUUAUGUCAUUUUUGACUGGAAUCGAGGUAUUGACAAUUUAUAUUACGCUACUCAUACUCAUGGACGGUUCACAAGUUUUAUCGUGACAAAAAAAGUCACAUGCUAAACGGGCCAUAAAUUAAGGUCACAUGGUAGGACAAAGUACCUAGGAUUAUAUAGAAGACCUUUCAUGUUUAUCCCAGUGGCGUGACAUAUACAGCUUCUCUUUAACUGUUGGCAAAUAACACACCUUCGGUGGUGGCAUCGGUAUUUUAUUUAUGUUUUCUACAAAAAAAUUUCUCAACUCUUAAAUUCAUAAAUUGAAAAAUUUAGAAAUUUUUAGGAAUUAAAGAAAAGUACUUUUGAAUUUUAGUGAUGAUUGUCCUAUAAAUAGGUCUUGUUUUGAUGUCAUUGAACUCCGCAAUUCUUUCUGAAUUCCUUUAAAUUUCUCAAAUUAUAUAUUCGAGAGAGUUACCGAUGUUAAAAAUGAAUUUAAGAAGUACACCGAGUGCACUUUUGGUUUACCACAGUGUUGUCUAUGGAAAUUUCACAAAGAGCCUAUUUUGGACAUAAACUCAGGUUGUUAGUAGUAUAUCGUCUAGAAAAAAGAACAAAAUUUACAGAUUCACAAGAAUGUCCCGACCGCUGGUUUAUUAUAUUGUAGGGACCUUACUCACAUCUAACUAAACAUUUUAAUCGCAUUGUUGUCAAAAGAAAAAUGAGAAUAACUGAAAGAAAUAUGAUAAAAUUAAACAGAAAUGAAACAAAAAAUAAAAAUCCUAAUUAUUAUAUGAUAAAUAAUAGCGAGUGGUUAUUACUUAGAUAAUGUUUUUUUUUUCGAUUAUUUUAUUUAAACUAUUAUACUUAUUAAUAUACAAAAAGUGAAAAAGAAAAUGAAUUCAACACAAUUGUGAAAUGUAAAUAAAAAUUAAAUUUAAACAACAACACAAAUAUGAAAAAUUAUAUAUAUAACAGAAGGGAGAAAUGAUGGAAAAUAUAAAAAAUUAGAAAUUAAUGUAAAUUAAUUAGAAAUAAAAAUUUAAAAGAAAAUACAAAUUAAACUAAAAAAUGACACACAAGAAGAAAAACAAGAUUAUAUAUUGACAAAAUAUUUUUGCAUAUUUUUUAUACUUUAACAUAAAUAUAUAAAUAAACAAUUUUAGUGGGGAUAUAAAUACCUAUAGAGUGCAGCAAAAUUUAAAAAAAAACUGAAAAUAAAUGAAAAAUAAUAGAAAAUUUAAACGAAAGAAUUUUGUUCAAUGAAAAUUUAUUGUGGGUGUAGAGGAGACGCGACGGGGAAAAGAUUUUAAAAAUGGAAAUAUGUUUUGUGAAAAUUAGAUAUUUUUGUAUACAAAAAAAAUCAUCAAUCUAUAGAUAUGGUUUCGGGCUAGAAAUUACAGAAAGUUCGGACUUUGUCAUUUUUUCUUUUUACAUCAAUUCGGUUUUCAAACGAAAUCAACUUAAUUUAACAGCUCAGAGCUGAGGACUGGCUCUUUAUCGGGCUUUACUUACAAAUUUUACAAAUUUUAUCAAAAAACAAAUUCGAAACCAGAAUUUCAUAUGAUUUGAGUUGACAUCUCAGAUCCGACAUUGUUCAUCUUAAAAUGAGCAGCAAUAUCGUUCAUCCCAAAAUAGAAGAGCUCGCAAAAUCUUUAUUGUAGGACUUAUAAUUCCUGGUAUUGAAAAGAAGAAUCUGAUACAUACGUUGUAAAUUCGGCUUUUGUUAAUCAGUUGUAUUUGUAAGUAAUUGUCGAAAAUACUUUAGGGAAAACAAUUUGACGUCAUAAUUCAUUCCACACACUUUCUGUGCGUACCAUUCAACGUAUGAGUGCGAAGAAACAGAUAUUACCAAAGUAUGGGUAUGUCGUUUCUUCACAGUCAUAAGUUGAGUGCGAGUGUAGCUUCUUCUGUGAAUUAUUUGAUAGGGUCCUGUUGUUCUCUCAUAUUUACGUUAUUUUCGGGGACAUAUUUUUAGUUUUAGUAGUAGUCGCUUUUCUCUGCUCGUACUGCAUCAUUUCCACCUCGUGUUUUAAAUUCCUUCUUUCUUACUCACUAUUUCCAUCUGCAACUUUUGACUUAGAUUCUAUGGUUACACCAAAAGAGUUAGUGUGAAGCUAAUUCAAAAUACUUAGCUCAUUCGAACAUAGAAUCCUAAUUAAACGAACGGACUGGCUAGUUUUUAGUGUGCUAAUUUCUAUUUCAAAAGCAAAGACUGAACAAACAAAAAAACAAAUAUUCUGUAUCUUGUAAGGUUUCGUAUUCUUUUGUCAACAAUGUGCGUGUGAGUGUAUAUUAUGCGCAAUUUCAAUUGAAACCGAAUCAUAAAUUGUCCAUUUAAUUACGAUUUACACAUUUCGGAAUGGAAAUGACAUAAUUAAUUAAAUUGUUGAAUAUAGGAAACGAGAGUCUCUCGUCGAGAGGGGGGAGAUAGAACAUUUAAUUUAGCUAUUUAGUUUUGGGUAUAUUACCAUUUUGUUCAGCUCUACAUAAUUUAGUCAAUAGAGUGGGUUCCAAACUAUUGUUUAGUAUAUUGGGAUGUUGGAAGCUCUAGGAAAUCAAUAACUUCAACGAUACUUACACUUUACAUUGAUUCCUUAUAUCAAUGAUUUUUUACACGAUCCGAACGCAGGUCCACACUUUCCUAUUUUGUACUAUGUGAUCAUGUUUAGGUAUUAGAGAACAGAAAGAAAAACAAAAAUGAUUAUUUCAACAUUAGUGACGCCUUGCAUAAUUGUGUUAAUUCUUUUUCGCAUAAUUCAGCAGCAGAGUUUUUCACCGAUGUUUUCAAGUAUACAAACAACAGUUUUCUCACCACUACUGAGUCAGUAGUACUUACAGUUCAAACGAAAAACCAUUCUAUCAUUUGACAGUCAUGGACCAGUGCUGCCGUGUUAUCAAUUUAUUAUUUUUAUUAGUCCCCUUUGCUACACACAUCCAUAGGUAUUUCACAAGUUGCAAAAUAUAAAUGAUUGGACUAAUGAAUAUCAGAUUGAUAACACGAUGGCAUGUUUCAGUGAUCAUAACUGUAACCUUAACAAAACUAAAUAAAAUUUAAAAUGAUAAAGUCCAAACACCAACGGCAACAAUUAUAAUUUCAAUAGGGGAAAAAAAUUCAAAAAAAAAAAAAUUGGUCUUUCAAUGUUGCAUCUUAAGCGCUUUUUACUGUAAACAAAAUGAAAAUUUAAGCAUAAUUUGUGGGUGGGUGUAGACUUAUUAAAAUUAACGAAUAUAUAAACAAAUAAAAAAAAAAUAUUUAUUAAACGACUAACACUACAACAAGAUAUAAAAAAAAUGAUAAAAACUAAAUAGAGACUGUACUUUAAAAAAGGAUAAAGAAAAUAAAUAAGAAGACGAAGAUGAUGGAGAAGAAAAUUAAUAAGGUUUAAUCAAAUUAAUUGUAUAGUUAUGAUAUAUUUACUUUGUUAACGUCAGUAAUGUCUGUAGCCUUUAGACGAUAUUUGUGUGUAUUUUACAACAUAAAAAACAAUUUUUUCUUUUUCUUUUUUCAUCGUUAAUAUUAUUUGCUUAACUUAAACAACUUAUGAAAAUCAAAACUACAUAAAAUAAUUGAAACAUAAAAACGAGCAUAGCAAUUUAUCAAUAACGAGAGAUGCAUAACGCACGAUAAUACAAUAUAAUAAAUUGAAUAAAUUGUUGGCAUUAUUGAUUUUUUAUUCUUUAUUUUUACAUGAUAAUUUUACCUAAUACAAAUAUAAUCUAUAAUUAAAAUAAUCAAUUUUUUGGUUUAAGAUUUUAUUUUUGAUUAAUUGGAUCGUUUAUUUAAACUUAUACUUAAUACUACUAUGUUGUUCGUGCACUAUAAAAAUAUUGUUUAUAAAAGAAACACAUAAUCAUUACUCUUUCUCAAUAUUUUUAGCCUUCAUUUGAUAGUCUUACAUAAAUGGAUAGAAUUUCACUAUCAAUUUUGAUAUGAAUGAACAGUUUGUAGAGCUCGGAACGGGAACAAGGUCCUGAAAUUACCUUAAUCUGGAUAUAUGAUCAAUUCUCACCUGUCGCUUGACUAUUGGCUAUUCUAUAAUAAUCAGAACAUGUUUGUUUUAAAAAAUUGUUCGGAAAUUAGGUGUAUAGCGGUAAACUGACCUGACAGAAUUGAAUGACCUUCAGGUCUAACUGAUUGUUGACCGUAGUUGAUCUCGGUCGACCUAAUACCUAGCUUUUAACACUUAUAGUCUUGCGUAAGGCAAUAUCAAAAAAAUGUUCCGUAACGAUUUCGUUUUCCAAUCCAUUUUCUCUUUUAACGAUAUAAAAUAUUCUAGAUUGCAGAUAGUCUCGUCAGCUAUUUAAUUUCUCCAGCAUCGGUUACGUCAAGCAUCAUUGUUUCGCUUCCAUAUUUCAGGUUAUUUAACGAUUCAUUCGGAAUUUCCGAAUUGUAAAAUAGAUUGAAACAAUUUAAUCAAACUCGUAAGCAUUAAAGCAAGGUUUCCAUAUUUUAAUAACGAUCAAUCAAUGUCCAUGUACUGCAGAACUUUAGCAAGGGUGCUUGGACAUACGAUUUCUUUUUCUUGUGGUUUGG